AAGUCUUUUCACUCACUUCUCCUCUCAGCACCAUUUUCGACUUGGUUUCUCGUUCUUCAAAAACCUGGGUUUAUACCAUACUUCGAAAUUUCUGAAAUAAAGUAGCUAGCUAGCUUGUAAUUUUGAGUUUCCAAGAUUUUUGACUGUUUUUGUUUAAAUCCUUCGUGUUUCGUAUGUCAUCCCUGGAUCUUUUUCGCCUUCUUCUUUUGCUUUGUUUCGUCUUCUUCUUUUGCACUGUUUUCUCGUUUGCGUUCAUAGAAAAAGUUGGGUGUAUCAUUAUUAAUAGUAUAGUAUGUUUAAAUCCUUGGUGUUGUUUCGUGUUUUUCUACUUUUGCUUUGUUACAUUUCUUCCUUUGCAUUGUUUCUUCCUCUCCGUUCUUAGAAAAAUCUGGGUGUAUAUUUAUUGAUAAUAUAGUACGUUUUCUUGUGUGUUUAAGGCAAAUGAAUAGCGGAGAAAGCACCGGAGGAUCUGGCAACAUCGGCGGCGUCACCGGAGGAUCUGGCAACAUCGGCGUCACCGAAGGAUCUGGCAACAUCGGCGUCACCGGAGGAUCUGGCAACAUCGGCGUCGCCGGAGCUGGCAACAUCGGCGUCACCGGAGCUGGCAACAUCGGCGCCGGAGGUGGGAAAAACAAGGGGCCCAAUGAAAUAAAACAAACGCGGGAAGCUCUACUGAAAGCUCAACAAGAUCGUCCCCCAGAAGUUCCUGUAGCUCGACCACUACGGUCUUUUCCGGAUGGGAGCAAACUCCGCUUUGAUUGGUCUCGCACACACGCAGCAUUACUCUCUAAAAUUUAUGAGCAAACCAGGGAUAUUUGUUGGGCUUUGGUCCUCGCUACCAUUCUUCAGUUUGGUUACAACAAGGAUCGUGCACAGACUAAUCAACAUAAAGAGUUGAAUAUCGAUAGUUUCAUUGAGCAGUUUAAGUUAACAGAGAAGGAAAGGUUUGAUAAUGAGAAGCUUGAUCCUAAAGAUUUAGCUAUAAAAAGUAUCAAUAAAGUUAUUAAGCAUGUUUCUGUGGUUGGAAUUGCGAAAGGGAAUGAGGGUAGUAUGACCAAAAGGAAGAAGGAGGGUAAGAACUUUCACAUAAAAGGUCUGUUUGCUCGUAAACACAUGGCAACUCCUGAAGAUAUUGUACAAUUGUUGGAGAAUAAGGGCCCUGUUGGUCUGAUUCUGGAUAUUACUCGUCCUCUUACUGAACUUAAGGAGGGAAUAUACAGGGUGCCUAAACCUGUAGAUGGUGUAGGAAGACAUAUGGUAACAAUAGUGGCGCAUGGAAGGACUAACAGUGGAGAGAUCUUUUUUGAUAUUCAAAACUCCUGGGGGACCACUUGGGGAGUUGACGGGCAUGGAAGGAUCAUCAUUAGUGGCACUACAGAUGACAUUGUUUACCUACAUGAAGUGAGUAAGAAAGACAAGAAAAAGAAAUAGAAGUCGAAGGUGGCUGUGUAAAUGAAUCUUCGUAUUGUCACGCAUCUUCAUUUCGGCUAAGUUUAUGCAUGAUAUAUUAUUUUGACUAAGUUAAACACAGGUUUUAUUUCGGCUAAAUUUAUUGUCAUGC